CCUCAUCGUCCGUACCUUCAAGAGCUGCAAUCCAAUCGAUCAUCCGGACACAGCAUUAUUCAAGCUCCUCCGAAAUGUCGGAUCUUUUUACCGAGCUUACAGCCCCCAACGGGCGCAAGUACACCCAGCCAUUGGGCUUGUUCAUCAACAAUGAAUUCGUUGCCGCCAAAUCGGGACAGAAAAUCACCUCAAUUAAUCCUACGAAUGAGGCCGAAAUCGCGUCGGUACAUGCCGCCGGUGCCGAGGACGUCGAUAUCGCAGUUAAGGCCGCCAAAAAAGCGCUGAAAGAUCCUUCGUGGAAGGAAUUGCCUCCCACUGACCGUGGAAAGCUCAUGGUAAAGCUUGCGGAAUUGGUCGAGCAGCACAUCGAGACCCUUGCCACGAUUGAAGCUUGGGACAAUGGCAAACCAUAUUCAGUCGCCGUCAGCGAGGACUGCGUCGAAGUCGCCGAGACAUUACGAUUCUACGGUGGCUUUGCAGAUAAGGUCUACGGUAGCACAAUCAGCACAUCCCCCGCCAAGUUCGCUUACACCCUACGCCAACCGAUCGGUGUUGUCGGCCAGAUCAUCCCGUGGAACUAUCCAUUGGCAAUGGCUGCAUGGAAGCUUGGGCCCGCCUUGGCCUGCGGUAACACUGUGGUGCUCAAGCCUGCAGAACAGACGCCGCUAAGUAUUCUUUACUUCGCGAACCUGAUCAAGGAAGCUGGCUUCCCUCCGGGCGUUGUGAACAUCCUCAACGGCUUUGGUAAAGACGCCGGUGCAGCCAUCGCGUCUCACUUGGACAUCGACAAGAUUGCGUUCACCGGCUCCACGGCAACUGGAAGACAGAUUAUGAAGAUGGCCGCUGUGAAUAUGAAGAAUAUCACUUUGGAAACCGGAGGAAAGUCCCCCCUUCUCGUCUUUGGAGACGCAGAUCUGGAACAGGCUGCCAAAUGGGCGCAUAUCGGUAUCAUGUCGAACAUGGGUCAGAUUUGCACGGCGACAUCCCGGAUACUGGUGCAGGACACCGUCUAUGACAAAUUCGUUGCCCAAUUUAAGGAGGUUGUCGCCUCAACCAGCAAGGUGGGCGACCCAUUCGCGGAUGACACCUUCCAAGGUCCCCAAGUUACAAAGGCACAGUAUGACAGAGUCCUUUCGUACAUCGAGAGCGGUAAGUCUGAAGGUGCCAAGCUGGAAUCUGGCGGUGUUCCACACAAGAAUGUCGGCGAUGGCAAAGGUUUCUUCAUCGAGCCGACCAUUUUCACCAACGUGAACGAUAACAUGAAAAUCUACCGCGAAGAAGUCUUUGGCCCUUUCGUCGUCAUUGCGAAGUUCUCGACUGAAGAGGAGGCCCUGAGCAAAGCAAAUGACACGACAUACGGCCUGGGUGCCGCAGUGUUCACUCGCGAUAUCGAGCGUGCUCACCGCGUUGCCGCUGAGAUCGAAGCAGGCAUGGUCUGGAUCAACAGCAGCAAUGAUAGCGACUUCCGGGUUCCGUUUGGUGGUGUCAAGCAGAGCGGUAUUGGAAGAGAGCUCGGCGAGGCCGGCCUGGAGGCAUACUCGCAGACCAAGGCUGUGCAUGUCAACAUGGGUACAAAGCUGUAAAAGUGGCUUCCAUGCUUUGUUUUCUUUGUUUGUCUGCCCUGCUGGUCAUCCUGAUUAUGUAAGGUGGCUCACCACUCAACGAGCCAAACCACUCAACGAGCCAAAUUCCUUCCAAUGCUCCACGCUACGAAUUUAUUAAUUAUCUCAACAACGAAUUAUUAUUAUUAAACU